AAAAGUUAUAAUGUUUAGCUAAACAGAAAUCUGUCAAUUAAUUGCCCUGUUAAUGGGGUAAUUGAGUCAACAAUCAAUGUAAUUAACGAUGCCAUAAGCUGUGUUGCUUGAGAAAUGUCAGUAAAAAAGAAGGAAGUAACGAAAUCAAGAGAGUAAGUUUAAGCUUCAUUUCUAGUAUAAUAAUUGUGAGUGAGAAUCAUGGAUGUUGAGAUUAUUAGUGAAAAAAUUGAAUGCAGUGACUUAAAGAAAUGCGGUGAAAUAGCUACUUUGCUAUCAGUUGGGAAACCAGAAUUUUUUCUGAAUUGUGGUUUUUGCGAAUACACUUUUCUACAACUGGAUAACUUCAUCGCCCAUAUGUACAAUGAUCACAUAACUGAGUUUCCUGCAACUGAACUAAAAAAAGAAACAACAGAAGAAGAUGAAAUGUUGAAUGAAUGCUCCACAGACACUUUGGAAUCUGUUGCACAAGAGGAAUAUUUAAAAGAAUUUGAAAGAGUCGAAAUAGAAUUGGACACAUCUGACGCUAAUAUUUUAAAUGAUAACAAAGAAUGUUUGUCUAAGGAAUUUGACGAGCAAGAAAAUGAAAGUAAAGCUACAUUAACGGGACGUAUCCAGAGGAAUCAAAAUUUUCAGCUUAAUUUAAAUAGAGGCGAUGAAAUUGAAAGUAGUGAGAAAGAGUACAAACGCCCUCAAGAACAAAGUAUGAGAAAAAGACCAUCUAAAAUUUCUCAUAACCGAAGAAAUGCAAUAAGAGAAAAAUAUAAAUUAAAUAAGGAUGAGCUUGAAAGUCAAAGGGAUUUGGAAAUGGAAAUUUCCGAAGAAGUUAUCGACACAAAAAAAUAUCGUAAUGAAAGUGAUUUAGAUGACACAAAGAUGUCCAACAAUUAUGAUGAAACAGAUGAUGAUGAUUUCUUACAAGAUUUCGAUGAGAGCGAAGAUGUAGACGAACCACAGUCUAAAUCCGCAUCUUCGUUGACUGAGAAAACUAAAACCAACACUUUUGUAGCUUUAGAAGAUUCACAAUACCAACUUUUGGCCGAAAUUUAUGAGAAGCAAACCUGCCUUUGGGAUGAGAAAGACAUCGCAUAUCGAUUUAAAAAUAGGCGUGAAGAUGCACUUAAUCUCUUAAAUGCGGAAUUUAAUGAAAUAACUGAACUAAACUUAACCACAGCUGAAAUGGAAUCACACAUUUUACAUCUGAGAAAAAUUUGUUCAGCCCAAAAGAAACAGAAAAUCGUAUGCGAAAGAAAGAAUGUAAAAUUUCAAUCAAAGUGCUCGUUCUAUAAGCAUAUAACCUAUCUGCAAGUGGAUGUACCUCCAUUCGAAUGUCGGAUAUGUAAAAAGCUAAUGCGCUCAAUAGGUCAAUACAAAGUGCACUUUGCCGCUCAUGAUGGCUCCUUACCGUUUGUCUGUCAUCUCUGUGGCCAUGGUUUUCAGUUAGCAUCUAAUUUAACUGUGCAUUUACGAAGACAUGUGCAGGAUUUUACGUACAGAUGUGAGCAGUGCGAUAAGCCUUGUGCGACGUCAACAGAAUUAAAAAUCCAUAUGCGUUCACAUACCGGUGAGAAGCCUUUUGUUUGCUAUAUUUGCGGUCAGAAAGCGCGAACUUCAUCACAACUAUUAGUACACAUAUUGCGACACGAAAAGCGACCUCGUCAUAAGUGUAAACUUUGCCCGAAAACCUUCUAUGAAACCGGCACGUUAAAUGAGCACAUGAGUAUACACAGAAAUAUUCGUGACGAAAUAUGUGAAGUGUGCGAUAAAGGUUUUAUCAACAAGAAACAACUACGCCAACACCAACUUAUCCAUAAUUCAGAAAAAAAAUAUCCCUGCAAAAUCUGCGGAAAGCGUUUUGCUCAAUAUGCGGGCCUUAGCGGACAUAUGAAAACCCAUGGUACUAAGCUAUCUGCUAAAGUUUCAGAAAACCUUACACCUUCUUAGGAUCAACUUUAAAAAAUGUUCGACACAAUCAUAUAGGCGGUACAGCUGUAGACUUCGAUCGGAUACCAUGCGAAAGAAGCCACUCAAAUUAUAUUGAUAUGCAAGAUUUUAGCAUACAAAAGAAAAAACAAAGGCUUACAAAACGAACGGCUACGACGUGUUUGUGAGUUACACAAAGAAUCCUAUGAAAUAUGUAAAUAUUAAGCUUUAAUUAUUUAAAUAUAAGUUUUUAAAAGUAUGUAUGAAUAUAUUGAACACAUGUUGUUGUUGUUGCAGCGACUAUCAACCUCUGCUUAGGGUCAUGCAAAAUCUAAGUCCAAGUCAUCGAGUUCAUUUAGCGGGAGAUCCAGGAAACACUCUGUUUCGACGGUUUUCGACCAGAGAGUAAGGUGUGUUAGAUGAGUUAGUUUCCCUUAGGAACAGCUAGUUAGUCCAAAUCAUGGAGGUCAUCUAACGGUAGGUCGAGGAAACGAGCUGUUCCGAUGGGCUCGGAUCAAAGGCAAAAGAAAGAUAGCUGUGUUGGUUUUAGGACAAUGUAUUUGGUAUGUCGGGGUCGAGACUUGAUAGGUAAGAGUUUAACUUGCUACAAUAUCCAGACCUAAGUAGCGCCAGUAUUACGCGGGACCUUCGGUAGCAUCCCUGAAGAAAUUGCUGGUAGAGCAAGACUUUAUGCUACUUAAGACGUAGCUAAGAUGCUUCGCUGUGCAAGUGUUGCUCAGAUGACAUCAGAAUGCUACCUGUCACGGUCCUGAGGUUGGUUGGUGUCGUGGAUGGUGCCUUGCGUGUAAGGCAUAUGUCGGUUUCAAGUCUGGAUGGUUCGGAAUUCAGUCGAUUACAGUAUUCAAACCCUGGUUUGUAAUAGGUGGUGGUGGUGUCUUUCAGUGCUUGCCAGCGGUUUGAAAAUUUCGUUGCCCCUCUUUGCUUUAGGAGUAAUUCUAGUCCCACGGCGGUAUUAACCGUUGGAAUAGAUUUUCAUAUAUAGUUCUAGCCUGCCUAGGGCUACCGAGGAUAUAGUUUGUUAUAGUUGUAGCUUUCGUGCAGUGAAGAAGAAAAGGUUCACUUUCGAACAGACAUUACCAAUAGCCUGAUCAGCCUUAAUAUAGAAUUUAAGAAAUCAAUGUUAAACAUAUUAAAAAAAAAAAAAAAAAAAAAAAAAUAUUAAAAUCAAUACAAUUACAAUUAGAGCUGGAGCUGCUAUUUUUAGACGUUCAACAGAAAGUUGUGUGUUUGUUUAUUAAUUAACCUAAAUUCCCUUAUACUCAACUUUGGAUGUCCGCAUUUUUUUAUUUGGAAUAUUUCACAUUGUAUUUUUAAAAAAAAAUUAAAAAAAUUACUUGAAUAGAGUAUUAUUUAUACUACACAUUUCCAAUAAGACUUACGUUGCUAUCGGUUACGCCUUUUCUGACUAAACCACGGAUCAUAGUACAAAUUUGAAAAUCGAUUUUCAACUGCCACUUGACACUAACCAACUCUUUAUAUUAACCUUAAGUCCUACUCUUCUAUCCCCCUUCGCUCUGGUCUGAACAGCUCGUUUCCUGGACCUCCCGUGGAAUGACCUCGAUAACUGAUAUAGCUUGCUCCUAAGCGGGAUUGGACUAGCCAUUACAACGUCAAAAUCUAAUGCAUUUCAUAAGAAGAGCGUCUGGCUAACUAAUCAACAAAUGUUAACAUACUAGACAUAUGUAUAUUACUUAUGUUACCGAUUAAGCAACUAGAGAUUAAUUAGUACUUGGGUGUACUUUAUAAUUAAAAGUUUAUUUUAUAAUAAUAAUUAUUCUUAAUACAGGCUGA